UCAGCAGAAGCGGCGAGGAUGGCUGGAGAAAUGUUGAUGGGCGCGACGUUUGGGGUGCUGGUGAAGCUGUACAGCAACUCACUGCGAAGAGUCUCUCUCUUGAGACAACCAUGGGAGCACUUCCUGCUUGCUGGUAUUGGAGCUUACUCCUUCCAGUGUAUUGCUGUUUGGACGGAACAGAACAUUGCGCGCUAUGAAGAAAAGCUCAAGGAGUUCAAGGAAGGAAAACAAGUGAAGUACUACUGAACAAGAAAAACGUUGAUAACUGUAGUGUAUGAAUUUUUCAGCGUAAUCUCGUGUUUGUUUUAUUCCUUUUUAAUUUCCUUCUACUGCUCAAUGUCAGUUCAAACAGGCGAUGAAGCUUUCUUGUUUUGUCAAAAACUUGACUCUAAACU